AUGGGCCCAGAACGAGCAGGGCAUCAGUCCUGGACCUCGGAUGCCGAGCCCGUGCUCAGGAUAUCCUUGUGCACAGGAGAUGGAGUGGGGGUGGGGAUGGAGUACAAGACCACGUUCAAGUUAGAAAACACUAAGAGUGCCUCCUCCUCCUCGGGGUGUGGGGCUGGAUCUGAAAUCGAAUGUGGUAAAAGACCUGCUUUUGAGAGAGGAGCUCAGUAUUCCAGAAUCAUAGGAGGGAUGGAGGCUGAGGUGGGUGAGUUUCCAUGGCAGGUAAGUAUUCAAGCAAGAAAUGAACAUUUCUGUGGUGGCGCCAUCAUCAACGAGUGGUGGAUCAUUUCAGCGGCCCACUGUGUUCACCCUGAGAUCUCGCCAACAGAACUGAGAGUCGUGCUGGGAACCAAUAGCUUGAGCAGCCCAUCCCUGGAAGUGAAGGGAGUCACAAGUGUAAUUCUGCACAAGAACUUUCAAAAACUCAACAUGGACAAUGAUAUUGCCUUGCUGCUGUUGGACACUCCCAUCACAUUCAAUGAACUGAAGAUACCCAUCUGCAUGCCCACGCAGCCAGGCCCCUCCAGGUGGCACAAAUGCUGGGUGGCAGGAUGGGGGCAGACCAAAACGGGUCUCAAACAGCCUAUGGAAACGGAGCUGCUGAAAGUGCCUAUGACCAUCAUGGAUUGGGAGAAGUGUUUAAAGGAAUUUCCAAAACUUACCAAAAACAUGCUCUGUGCUGGAUAUGAGAAUGAGACUUACGAUGCUUGCCAGGGUGACAGCGGGGGGCCUCUAGUCUGCACCACAGAAUCUGGCGAGAAGUGGUACCAGGUGGGCAUUGUCAGCUGGGGAAAGAGCUGUGGACAGAAGAACACUCCAGGAAUAUACACCUUGUUAGAAAACUACCACUCCUGGAUCAAGAAGACGUCAGCCCCUCUUCCAUGCUGCCGGGGUGUCGGUGUCGCUGGCCUGGGCGCUCUGCCACCGCCGCUGGCAGUGCCCGCCGUGGGCGCAGAUGGAGCCCGUGGUUUCUUGGCUGCGCCUCCCUUGAUGAGCAAUCUGCCCUUCGGAACUCAG